CAACACGAUUGAACCACCGCCUCUCUCUCUCUUUAUAAGCCAACCUCAAAAAAUCUCAAUCAUCAAAGCAAAAACGAGACAGACCCUCUUUAAAUCCAAAUCCAAAUCUUUUUCUCUUCACAUAUAUAUAAUCUCGAACAAUUGAAUACCUAUAAAAGACACUCCUUUCAAAAUUUCUCCCUCUUUUCUCCUCUCAAUUUUGCCUCCAGUUUUGCUGAUUUACAUCUUAAGUCUUGUAAUUUUAGUCUUCUUUUUCUUUUGAAAACGGUGUUGAAUUUGAUUUGAUACUAGAUAAACCAGAUCUUUUUUGUUCCGGGUUUUCGAAGUUUGCUGAUUUAUCCUACCCCUAAUUGUUUUUAGUAGAAGGGUUGGAUCGGUAAGAUUUGUGAAAAAUUAGAUCUAGGUUUGUUUAUGUUUUGGAUAGUUGGAGAAAACCCAUAGUUAUUUUAGCGGUGAAUUUGGGCUUUUUUUUGGGGGGGUAUUUUUGGUGAGGAACAAAAGAGAGAAUGGCAGAACAAGGUGGCUUGGAAGGGAGCCAACCUGUGGAUCUUUCUAAGCACCCAUCUGGCAUUGUUCCCACUCUUCAGAACAUUGUGUCAACUGUGAACCUAGAUUGCAAGCUUGACCUUAAACAAAUUGCACUGCAAGCUCGAAAUGCAGAAUACAAUCCCAAGCGUUUUGCUGCUGUCAUUAUGAGAAUCAGGGAACCGAAAACAACAGCUUUGAUUUUUGCCUCUGGGAAGAUGGUCUGCACUGGUGCUAAAAGUGAACAGCAGUCUAAACUGGCUGCAAGGAAGUAUGCCAGAAUUAUUCAGAAGCUUGGGUUUCCUGCAAAGUUUAAGGACUUCAAAAUCCAGAACAUUGUUGGUUCCUGUGAUGUUAAAUUUCCCAUCAGACUUGAAGGCCUUGCAUACUCCCAUGGUGCUUUUUCCAGUUAUGAACCAGAACUGUUUCCAGGUCUGAUCUAUCGUAUGAAACAACCGAAGAUUGUGCUACUUAUUUUUGUGUCAGGGAAGAUUGUGAUCACUGGAGCGAAGGUGAGAGAUGAAACAUACACAGCCUUUGAGAAUAUAUAUCCCGUCCUUACGGAGUUCAGGAAGAACCAACAAUGAUAUACCACCUUUGAAAUCGACUUUGAGUCGGUUAUGGGACUUGAAUUUGCAAGUGUGAAUAUAUAAAGAAAUGAGGACUUUGGCAAUGGGUUAUCAUCAUAUGACAUCUCCAUUUUCGUGGCUUGAAUGGAUGGUUUAUGCAUGGGUUGUAAUUAGUAAUUUGUGGUAAAACUGUGUAGGAGAUUUGGCUUUCAAUUGAAAUGGUCUUUAACUUCAUCAAAA